AUGGUUCUGGCGGUGCGAGGGACGGAGCUCUCGCUGUCGUAUCCUGGCGGGAUCUUCGAGGAGCUCCCGGCGUUAGCUCCCGAGUUCCUGCGAUCUCCCGAUGUGAGCGGUCAAGCUUGGGAGAAUGUUACUAAGACUCAGUCAACUCCCAAUAGGGUGAAGAAGCUUCUGAGGGAACGCCAUGGACUAGGGGUAACUUUCUUGAUUCCCUCGGAACACCAGAGGCCUUGGUCGCCACCAGUUGGGUAUCAGUGCGUUUACGAAUCCUACUUUCGGGACGAUACGAAGCUCUGGUUCCCAAUUCCUCGACUAAUCACAUCGUAUGCGAGGCGCCGAGAUGCAGCGAUAAGUCAGUUUUUGAAUGGUUCGUGGCGUAUCGCGGUGGCCUUGAUGGUUAUGGCUGCUGAAAUUGAUGUCUCGUUGAGCGUUCGUGUCUUCGAGGAGUUGACGUCCGUCAGCUCGUUAGACGACGGGCUUCUGUCGAUAAAGAUGCGUACCAUCUACAAUGUGAUAGGAAGGCAUCCUAACAAGACGCCGGAUUGGCAGAGAUCUUAUUUCUUCGUUAAAUGUGAUGACUCUGCCUUCGAAGACCCGCCAGAUGACGACUGCCGUGUCUUAUGGAACACUUUGCUUGCCGACCAUCCGACUUCUCGUGACUAUCCAGAAGACUUUCUUACAAGUGCUCGCGCCGUUGCGGGACUUGCUCAGGAGAAUUGGGGGAAUAUUUCUUGGGAGAGGGUUCACCGUUCGAUCGAUCGUAUUUCCAGGAAAGAUUGGAAUUCGAGUUACCCUCUUUCUGCCAACAAGACUAAGAGGCGGAUCUCGCUACUCACAAAGGAGGAGCAGAAGAGAAUCAACGAGGCAAGGAAAAUGAGAGGGCUUCCAGAUCUGAGUGCGAUGAUGACGGUCGAACUUAACCUGCCGAGUGUCGAACUACCUGCACCUUCCAACAAGAUGGCGAUUGCCGGCACCACUGACGCAAGCCCUCAUCAUCAAGAUUCCCCGGCCGGUACCGCUACUUUAGCUCCUAAGAAGAAAAAGGGGGAGAAGAGACCCCGUGACGACCUUCCUGCUAGCGUAGGUUCUGAAGCGGCUCCUGUUGAAGCUGAGAUUCCUAGUCAGGAGGAGACGGCUGAACAUCAUCAAAAAAGAGGAAGGAAGGCAAUCAGCAGCCUCAAGCUGCAGGGAUCUGAAUCAGCUGGUGAGCCGGCUCUCCACUUAGCCUCGUUGGGUGAUCUUGAAGACGCCUCUCCCGAAGUUACGCUGCAGAAGAAGAGGAAAUCCAAAAAGACGGGUGGUCGAGAGAUGGUCGCUAGUGCUCUAGCUUCGUCGACCCCUGGAACAUCAGCCUUCGUUGCUUCGUCUCGGAAGAAGACUCUGAGGGUCGACCAGAUCAAAUGCGGGCCGAAGCCUCUUCCAUCCGUGUCUGAUUUGAUUUUUAAGGAUGAGUACGUCGAUGCUGCUCGCACUAAAUUACUGGGCGACGGGAGCAUGAAUUUCGUUGUUGAGAAAUACGACACAGCCUUGAAGGAGACUCGCGAAGCCUUGAGAAAGUCGGAGAAGGCAGUGGCAGCCAAGGGUAAGCUUCUCCGCCGGAAGAAAGCGGAAUGGGGGGAUGAGUUUGUGAGGAUGGCCGAGAAGAGAGAACGAGCGAUUGCUCGGAAGAAGAUUCAGCGGGAGCAAGCUGACGCGGCCGAGGCCAAACUCUCUGUUGCAAACGUGACCAUUGCGACUUUGGAGUCUCGGAAGGCCAGUCUGAUGGAAGAGAUGGGGAUCAAAGCCGAAGAACAUAAGGUUGGGUUGGCUUAG